UCUCUGUCGGUCCCGCCCCCGAAAGCAGUGAAUCCAACCCGCACUGAGGCCCGCACAUCGGCUGAAACGACCAUUGGGUAGCGGCUCAUGAAAGCGGAGCCACCUUUUUAUAGGGUGCGGAGGGGCCCUAGAGCCACCGAGUCCAGGGUCCUGGCAAAACAAGCCGCCGCUGCGUCUCGCGAGUACCAGCCGGGCGGGUAGCCCUGCACCCGCCAUCCCAUGCAUGGCCCGGGCGACACUCGACAUGAACACGGAGGGGCUCGGAACACGCGGCGGGGGCCACGUAGGGCAUGGACCACUCCCCUUCAGCGUCGAGUCACUGCUGGAGGCUGAGCGCGUACGGGGCUCCGAGCCUGGGGAGCUAGGGGAGGAGAGGCCGCAGGGUGCCUCGAAGCCCGGAGCAUGGCCCCCACCGGUCACGCACACGUGCCCCCCACGUGCCCCCAGCCCUCCACCCUGCACCCUCCGCAAACACAAAAACAACCGCAAGCCACGGACGCCCUUCACCACCGCGCAGCUGCUGGCGCUUGAGCGCAAGUUUCACCAGAAGCAGUACUUGUCCAUUGCUGAACGCGCCGAGUUCUCCAGCAGUUUGAGCCUCACUGAGACUCAAGUCAAGAUCUGGUUUCAGAACCGCCGAGCCAAGGCCAAGCGGCUGCAGGAGGCUGAGCUGGAGAAGCUGAAGCUGGCAGCCAAGCCACUACUGCCGGCGUUUGCCCUGCCGUUUCCGCUGGGCACUCAGCUGCACAGCUCCCCGGCCUCUUUCGGCGGCGGCGCGGUUCCUGGCGUCCUCGCCGGGCCGGUCGCGGCUUAUGGCAUGUACUACCUGUCUUAGCCCAUGGAACCAAGUUCUAGCCUCUGGGGUUCAGGCCUGAGCCACAGCUCCACCCGCCGCUGAUGCUCCUGGUAAUUUCUGACCUUUAGGUAUCCCUUUCAUUUUAGUUUUUCGUUUUUUACUGUUCAUACGAUGUUAUAUUUGAUGACUGGAACCUCUUUGCAGGCAUCUUACAAAUAUUUCAAACCUUCCUAAAAUCAUGUUCACACCAAUCUGUUUUCUGACAGUAAAGGGCUUCAUACAGUCCUUGAAAUGGAUAAAAGUAGGUCUUCCUACUUCGUACAAAGCAGCACCAAGGACUUUAGAGAGGCUCUUUUGGACUGGUAUAACAAUUCCAUAAAAAGAAAUUAAAAUAAAAAUGAUGUAGUAGGAUUGCUAGGAAGAAACUUAGAAAUUAUUAUCACUCUAACUAAGUGUGGUACGUUUUACCCAUUGUUAUUUUUUUAGAUUAUACAACGUUAUUUUUUAGCGUAUACACUGUUCAAGGAGCCAGAGGCAAACGCUGCAUCGGUGGGAGCUUGGGGAAGGUGAUAUGCCGCUGGCACCAAGCACCAAAAUAAGGGUGGUCCUGGGGCAAUGCCUGCUGGGCUUCAAGAUUGGAGGGCUGUAGCUGUCACGCUGAAGGCAGCGGCCCGCAGGGACCAAGCCCUAGCCUCCUGGGUGCCGGACCAAUGAAGAGAAGAGACUGAGGGUUGAGAGAGCCUUACUGUGGGCGCAGUAGGAGGCGGGGCUUGAGAAGGUCCCAAAGGACUUGCUGUGAGUGCCAGAGGCCCCUGUAAUCCAGAUGUGCCUUAGAAAAGCGGUGGACUUGUUUAGGAAUCCAGACCCCUACCUUUAUUUGAGGAACGAAAAAAAAAAAAAAAAAAAAAAAAAAAAA